AUGGCAUCUAUGGAGAACAGGACACAGGUGAAUGAAUUCAUCCUUUUGGGAUUAACAGAUGCCACAGAGUUUCAGGUCCCCCUCUUUAUCCUGUUCACCCUUAUCUACCUCAUCACCGUGGUGGAGAACCUGGGCAUGGUGGCCCUGAUCUCCUGGGAUUCCCACCUCCACACUCCUAUGUAUUUUUUCCUCAGUAACCUCUACCUGGUGGAUUUUGGUUACUCCUCAGCCAUUACACCUAAGGUGAUAGCUGGCUGUCUCGCAGUGAAUAAGGUCAUCUCUUACAAUGGAUGCGUUGCACAGAUGUUCUUCUUCUUGGCCUUUGCCUCCACCGAAAAUUGUCUCCUAGCAACCAUGGCCUAUGAUCGCCAUGCAGCUGUGUGUAGGCCUCUUCAUUAUACCACAACCAUGACAACAAGUGUGUGUGCUGGUCUGAUCAUAGCUUCCUAUAGCUGGGGUUUUCUGCAUUCUGCCAUUCACACAGGAGACACCUUUAGCCUGUCCUUUUGUAAUUCCAAUGUGAUCCAUCAUUUCUUCUGUGACAUUGCCCCACUCUUGGAUCUUUCUUGCUCUGAUAGCCACACCAUAGAACGGGUGCUCUUUGUUGUAGGGGGAUUCAAUGCCUUUUUCGCUAUCCUGGUUAUCUUGACCUCCUACUCGCAGAUUUUCAUCACUAUCCUGAGGAUUCGCUCUUUGGAGGGCCGGCAGAAAGCUUUCUCUACCUGUGCUUCCCACCUCACAGCUGUGUCCAUAUUCUAUGGGUCAACAAUCUUCAUGUACUUACAACCCAGCUCUAAUCAUUCCAUGGAUACAGACAAAAUGGCAUCAGUGUUCUACACCAUGGUCAUUCCCAUGCUGAAUCCUCUGAUCUAUAGCUUGAGGAACAAAGAAGUCAAGAGUGCUUUCAAGAAAGCUACCUGGGAACAAAGACUUUCAUAG